AUGAGAGCCCCGCCGCAGCCGCUGGUGGUGCAGGUGUUGCUGUCGCUGCUGAUCCUCGGCUCAGGUCCCUGUACCACUGGACUGGAACUCAAUGACACCUCCUCAGGGAGGGGGGAAUUGCUUUCAGGAGACCACAGUGCUGAUGGACUUGCGGUGACUUCAAGGACUGAGCUGUCCUCGGGAACUGAGGUCUCGUCUGUGAGUGAGGUGCCUGCCGCUGGGGACCUGUCCUCGGGGGCUGAGGAGGACUACCCCGAGGAAUAUGAUGGUGAACCCCACGUGUCUGGCUACAUCGUAGACGGUGCAGUGAGAGUUGAACAGGUAAUUAAACCCAAGAAAAACAAAGCAGAAAGUGAAAAGACUUCUGAUAAACCAAAGAAAAAGAAAAAAGGAGGUAAAAAUGGCAAAGACAGAAAGAACAAAAAGAAGAAAAACCCCUGUGAAGCAGAAUACAAAACCUUCUGUAUUCAUGGAGAAUGCAAAUACAUCGAGCAUCUGAAAACAGUAACGUGCAGAUGUCAGCAUGAUUACUUUGGUGAACGGUGUGGGGAAAAGUCCAUGAAGACACAAAGCAUUGUGGACAGUGAUCUAUCCAAAAUCGCUGUGGCAGCCAUUGUUGCCUUUGUCUCAGCUGUGAGCUUCACAGCUGUUGCUGUUAUUAUCACAGUCCAGCUCCGGAAGCGAUACAUCAGGGAGUACGCAGGAGAAGCUGAAGAACGGAAGAAACUCCGACAAGAAAACGGGAAUGCACAUGCCAUCGCAUAACUGACAAAACACAGCACGACAUUGGAUUUGGAGCCACUGCCGAAUCACAAUCACGAAUGAUGGGAUGGUCUGCUUUUCACUGGAUAGUACGAACAUGGACCCAGUUUAUUCUGAUGGCUUUAAACUUUCAAUGGUCACUUUUUAUGUUAAGUCUUAUUUCUGUACAUAAAGAUGCAUGGAGAUAAAAAGUAUUUUUUCAGGCUGUAAAUAAUUUAUUUAUUAUUUAACAGAAGUGUAUUUAUUUUAUGUUCAUUAAACUUUUUUAAUCAAA